UUUAAGAUUGUAUAAUUUCAACUUGUUUCAAAAUAUUCUUUUCACGACAGCAUACAAUUAUUUCUGGCAAGGCUUUCCUGAACUCAUUGCGGUUUUAAGGGGCUAUAAGCGUUUUUAUUCAAAAUGAGUUUUUUCGAUACAAUCGAGAAUAGGACUGUGAUUCAGCAAUUGAUAAAUCACCCACUCCAUGGUAACAAAGUUGACAAACGACUAAUAACCCACCCAAAUUGCCACACGGAUGCUUUAACAAUUAUCAAAUAGAAAUGACUCACCUGAAACCGAAUCUCCAUCUUCACCAUACAUACUGUAAUUAUAAAGCUAGACCAAGAGACCCACUCACUAAACAGCCACAGUGUUUAUCAGAUGUCAUUCAUCGGAGGAUGUCUGUUAUAUGAUCUAGUCAACACAAAAUGCUUACAUACUUUUGAAGCAAUUAAUCAGUUCAUCACGACAUAAUACCAAUAAGCCACCAUACCUUCUGGGGUUUUUUUAUACCGAUAUUUAUAGUAUAUUUUUUUUUAUAACGGCGGACUAUUGAACCCGCCGAUUAGUCCACCCGCGGACGAGUGAACCCCUUUCCCUGUUUAUGUCAUGUCGCAUAAAGGCGAAGAAUUUUAAACAGAAUGACAAACAAAAAGUUCUAGACAUCGACAUCCCGCGGCCUUGGACAUGUUUUGGCAAUCUGUUUCAUAGAGGUAUUGCGAAGGCAUUCUUCUUAUAUCUCUGUGUAAGAUGACUGACCUUUAUAGUGCAGUGUUUAUAUAACGUUCUGGUCCGGGCAGAAUGGUGCCUUUUACCCAUUUUAUAUACUCAUUUUCGCUAAAAAUAGGAAAUAUUUUUUAUCCAGAUAUAUACUCUUCACAAAAAGUAGGGGAUAUUCAGAAACACAAAGAGAUACACUGUCAAAAGUGAAAAUGGACGUUUUUGAUUUUUGUCUUAAUAAUGAGUAAUUGCACCACCAAUCCUCAGUCAUUCAGCAAUUCGUUAUGGCAUGCUCCUAAUCAACUGCUCGCUGUGUAGAACCCAUUUGAAGCAUGCCAAUAGCAUCUAGACAUUUAUCAUGUUGAAGACGUCUCAUUGCAAAUUAAACGUAACACACUAAAGCAAAGAUACGCUAAACAGUAACCCUUCCUUGAAGUGUCAAAUUUUACAAUGAACCCCUCCCACGUGUAUGGCGGCUAUUGCGUGUCGCAUGUGCAGCUCAGUGGUUCUGUUGGGGCGAUAACUUCAAAGCAUGUCAAGUGUCCCUGACUAUUUAUCAUAUCACAACCUGCAUAGGUAUUUGCAUUUCAAUAUCCCCUACUUGUUUUGAAGAGUAUACUUCAAACACCUUUAUUUAUUUUUCUAUUACUUAAAAAAAAUUCUAGAAUUUAAUUUGCAAAAAUGUUAAUAUUGCGAGCUCAUUUACCUGCGCCGAUUUUAUCCCUCUCAGUGAUAUUAGCGGCCAAGCAUAUAUGCACUAGGGAUCAUUGUGAUGUUUUGGAAGGUACAUGAAUAGACAAUCUCUGCAUUAUUAGUAAAUUAAACGUGGGCAGUUAAAAUAUGAACGAUGGAACACCUGGAGGUCAAAAAUUAUAUAAAGUUAAUAAUUAUUAAAUAGUCCGAUCAUCCGUUACUGUGUAUUCAACCAAGCGUGAAUGGACGUAUCUGUCCCUAUCUAUGUCAAGAGGUUAUUGCGCACAGCCUUCUCAGCCGUUACUUUGGACCCCUAUAUAUACAAGCAACUAAAGGGGCCGUGGGAUUACCCUUUAAAUUGUUUGCCAUUUUGUGAGAAAAAAUAAACCCACAACCAAACUAAGUUUUGAUUAAGGAAAUUUUGAUUUAACUUUGUGUUUUAAUUUGAAGAUAUUGUCACAAGGUGAAGGCUAUUAAUAAUGACAGAAAAAGGUAUAGAUCAGGAAGAAAAGAAGUAUGAUAAGAAUAAAAGAGUACUAUAUUCUGUUAAAGAGAUACCACCCUGGCAUAUAACUAUUAUUCUUGGUUUUCAGAAUUUUCUGACAUGUCUCGGUUCAACAUUCGCUUAUCCACUGAUUAUACAGUCUGCGUUGUGUUUGUCAACUGACGCUGUUGGUCUAGCUCAGAUAAUUGGUACAACAAUAUUUGUUUCUGGUGUAUCUACGUUGAUACAAACUACUUUUGGUGUUAGGUUACCUAUUCUACAAAGCUGUAGUUUUGCUUUUGUCACACCAGUUAUAUCUCUUCUGACUUUAAACCAGUGGGCGGAUUGUCCCUUUAACGAUAAAUCGUUGAAUCAGACCUUAUUACCUGAAAUUGGCGGCGCUAUUCAUCGGGAACUAUGGCAGGCCAGAGUCAGAGAAGUAAAUGGAGCCAUGAUGCUGGCUGCAUUAUUUCAAGUCGUUAUUGGAUUAAGCGGGGUGAUUGGUUUAAUGAUGAAUUUCAUAGGUCCAUUGACCGUUACCCCUACCAUUGCCAUGAUUGGUCUGUCGAUUUUUGAAGUGGCCUAUCAGAAGAGUGAGAACCAAUGGUGGAUUGCUAUUAUGACGGUUGCUUUGAUAGUGAUAUUUUCUCAGUAUUUAAGAAACAUCUCUGUACCAUGUAUUGGAUACACUAAAGGUUCUGGUUUCAGUAAAACAAAGAUACCAAUCUUUACUUUAUUUCCGGUACUGUUUGCUAUAGUAGCGGCAUGGGUUGUUUGUGUAAUAUUAACUGUUACCGGUGCUCUCUCUGAUGACCCAAAAGGUUGGGGAUAUGCUGCUAGAACAGAUACCAAACUCAAGGUCUUAGAUGAAGCUGACUGGUUCCGAUUUCCUUAUCCAGGACAAUGGGGCACACCAACAGUAAGUCUAGCUGGUGUUUUUGGUAUGCUAGCUGGAAUAUUUGCAUCCAUGGUUGAAUCCGUUGGAGACUAUUACGCAUGUGCACGGUUAGCUGGGGCACCUCCGCCACCCGGAAGUGCCAUCAGUCGCGGUAUUGGUAUGGAAGGACUGGCUAGUUUAGUUGGUAGUGCUAUUGGUUCACCGGGUGGUAUUACAUCUUACAGUCAAAAUAUUGGUGCCAUUGGCAUCACAAAAGUUGGUAGUCGUGUUGUUAUUCAAGCAGGAGCUGUUAUAAUGAUAAUACUUGGUUGUUUUACUAAAUUUGGUGCUUUGUUUAUCACAUUACCCGACCCUAUUGUAGGUGGUAUCUACAUUGUUACGUUUGGUAUGGUAACUGGGGUAGGAAUAUCGAAUUUACAAUUUGUGGAUUUAAAUUCCUCCAGGAAUUUAUUGGUUGUAGGACUACCAAUGGUGUUUGCUCUAUGCUUACCUAAAUGGAUAGCAACACACCAAUCAGCAAUUAACACAGGCGAGUAUGCUUUCAUUUAA